AUGGACGAUACAAAGCUUCCCGACUAUACAUUACGAGCUCAUACAUGUGCGGUCACUACUGUGCUUGUGGUGGACGAUUGCCACACACCCACAUUGGUCUCCACGGAUGAGAAGGGUCGAAUAAUAGUAUGGGACCUCAUCACGAGAAGAUCAGUUCGCAGUCACCAACUAGAAUCGGGGGCAGCGAUAACGGCAACGCAGUAUGUGGAGCCCAAUUUGUUGGCUUGCUUGAGCAAAGAGGACUGCUCUUUGAGGCUUUAUAACUUGGCUACGUUGGAGGAGAUAUUUGAGAUGAAGGUGAAUACGAUGAGUUUCGCCAAUUUCGUCAUUGCACGAUCGGAGAAUGGCCUCUUGACAUUAUUUUGCUGCAGCACUACCAAUCCUGAGGCGAUAGAUUGCUACACAAUUGAUGUCACAACGAAGAGAUUGAAAAGAGUCGCUAAAGAAUUGCAUUUUGGGGAGUCGAUUGCGAAUGUAUUGCCCGAUGGUCUGCCUAAGAUAGAUAAACUGGGGCUUGUAAUGAAAUUUAUCAGUCAUGACAGCGGUACCAUGUUUAUUGGUUUUGAAAGUGGGAUAAUAAUAGGGUUUCGGCUUGUUUUUGACAGCAUCAGCGAUGGCGAUUGUUUAGUGGUCGUUACGCAUGUAUCCGCCCCGCACUGCCCCCGUCCAAUACUAUCUUUGGAGAUCGACGUUAAUAAUAGAGCUAAGUUGUUGGGUUCAUCAACUGAUACAAUAAUCGCAACUGAUACGAUAAUCACAACCGAUACGUGUGCGGUGUCAGAUAUGAAAAGCCGUGCUGGAAUAACGACAUCGAAUGAUCUCGCGUUUAUCACUUCUGAGAUCCAUGACACUCACACUCGAAAGAUCUAUGAUAUCAAGUCAUUGUCCAAGUAUCUACUGUGGUCGACAUGGACCGGUAAGAGCUAUUCCAGCAAGGUUGAUACUAGUUUCAUCGAAAAAUACUGGAAAUCCAAAAGCUCAUUGAUCCCCAUCGAGUCUUCCCAAGGAUCCUUUGAUAAAAAUAAAGCUGACCCAAAGGUGUCUAGAUAUGUUAAGACGAAAUGUAUUACUGGUUUUGACAGCCACUGCUACUCUUGCAGAUUUGGUGUAAGAAUGGACUCCGUCGCACUGUCAGAUAGAAGCAAAGAGAGACGACUUCUGCAAUUUGCGGAGCACUCCUGGUAUAUCAUAGGGUACGAGGAUGGAAGUAUUUCUCUAUAUCGACUGAAAUGA